AUGGAGCCCUUAACAGGGCCUCAAGGUCCUGCAGCGCAGGCAGCAACAGCAGCAGCGACGGCCGCCGACAGAUCGUACACUGCGCAGCAGCAACAGCAGCAACAGCAAACACUCAGCCCUCUGCUGACGCCGACUCUGUUGGGUGACCUCCAGCGACAGCAGCAGCGUCAGCAGCAGCAGGAGCAGCAGCACCUCACACUCUCUCCUAAGCAGCCCGUGCAGUGGCACAGAAGCGGCAGCACCGAACAGGUCUAUCACCAACAGGUGCAGCAGCGGCAGCAGCAGCUCGUGUUGCGGCAGCAGCAGCAACAACACCACCACCACCACCACCAGCAGUUGCUGCAGCAGCGCCACCAACAUCAGCAUCCCCACAACCUUCACGAAGAAGUAGAGCGACUGCGGCAACAGUUGGCACAGCAGCAACUUCAGCUGCAGCAGCAACAGCUGCAGCAGCAACAGCUGCAGCAGCAACAGCUGCAGCAGCAACAACAAGACCUGCCGCAACAGCAGCAGCAGCAGCAGCAGCAGCAGCAGCACGUUGUAGCUCGCGACCUGCAGCAACAGCAACAGCAGGAGCAGCAGGAACGGCAGCAGCAGCAGCAGCAGCAGGUACCUGCUGUGCCCCUGUCCGCGUGCUGCCGGGUAGCGGCUCUCCCUUCUGCGGGCAGUCGCAGCUCUACAGGAGCAACAGCAGCAGCAACAGCAGCAGCAACGGCAGCCACAGCACCAGCAACCUGCAGCUGCAGCGGGGUCCCGGCCUGCCCGUGCACAGACCCCUCAUGGCACAUUCUACCUCACACAGAGGUGCCCCCUGCUGCUGGGCCUGCUGCAGCAGCAGACGCAGCAGCAGCAGCAGCGGCAGCAGCAGACCCAGUAACAGCAUCAAGAGGGUGGCCAACCGGCAACUCACAGCAGCACCUGCGCAGCAGCUGCUGCUGCAGCAGCGAGGAGCUGCGGGACUUGGGGCCUUGUGGUGUUGAUGGUUGCUGGUGCUCUGCUGCUGCUGCGGCUGCUGCGGCGGCACCAGGAACGGUGUGUAUGUACAGUUCACGCCUAAAGGUCCGCAUUGCAACGCAGGAGGACUGCAGCAGCAGCAGCAGCAGCAACAGUAUUGGAUAUGCCAAGAGUUUGUGCUUCAGGCUCUUCAAAGACAACGAGGGUCUGAGGGUGGAGUUGAGUGACCCUGAAUGUCCGCCCUUUUUAUUUAGCUGCAGCAUUUCGAGCAGCAGCUUUGCUGCACUGCAGCAGCAGCAGCAGCUGCGUGUAGACUUCAAAGCCUUCGGGUUUCGGGUCGUUGAUUUAGUAAAGGAAUGCAUUGCUGACGCUGCUUCGGAGCCGCUGCAGCAACGGCUUGUUGCAGUGUUGGUAUUGUCUCCGGAGGCUGCUGCUGCGCAGGCUGCUGCGGCAGCUGCUGCCGGCUUGGCUGGGUCGUCAACUGUCGCUGCUGCUGCUGCAGCUUCUCUGUCAUCUGGGGAAGCGGCCGCAGCAGCUGCUGCUGCUGCUGCAGCGAGGCGUGCCGUUGCAGCAGCAACAGCAGCAGCAGCAACAACAGCAGCAGUAGCCAAAGGGCCUGCUGCAGCAGCAGUGCUGCGGCUAAUAGAAACAAAUGCCUUUAGGGAAUUGGUGCAUCUUUACUUUGAUUUAAAGGCAGCAAAUGCUGCUGAGGUAGAGGCUUCUCUGCUGCAGCUUGCGCAGCAGCAGCAACAGAAUCAGGAAGAAGCAGCAGCUGCUUCAGAGGAGCAGCAGCGGCAACUGCUGCUGCACCACCAGCAGCAACAACAACAGCAGCAGCAGCAGCACGAGGAGCAGUGCCGCCACCUCACCCAGCGGCUUGACAGCGCAGAGCAAAGAGUGCUGCAGCUGGAAGCCACUGCUGCAGAGCAGCAGCAGCAGCUGCAUGCGUUGGAGCAGCAGUUGACUGAGGCCCGCGCUGCUGCGGCUGCUGCUGCGGCCACCGAAAGAGCAGCGGAGCAAGCGGCGAGGCAGUCGCAGCAGCAGCAGCAGCAGCAGGCUGAGGAGCUGCAACUUUUGCAGCAACAAAUCAGCAGAUUGCAGCAGCAGCUAGGUGACGCGCAUGCAGCAGCAGAGCAUGCAGAGCAGCAGCAGCAGCAGCUGCAGCAAAUCAAAGCAGAGCAAGCAGCUCGUGCUGCUGAGGUUGAUCAUCUACUGCAGCAGCUAGAGCGGGUACUGCUGCAGUUGCGGCUGGUGCUUGUUUUAAGGAUUGCCUCUCUUCUUUUUGUUUGCUUGUUUAUUCGUCGCUGUCUGUUUACUUGUUUCUCGGCCCUCCAUGCUGCAUGCAAGCUCCAGCAGAAGCAACAGCAACAGCAGCAGCAGCAACAGCAGCAACAACAACAGCAUGCGAUGCACGAAGCUCAGGCAAAGCUUAAGGAAAUGGAAGACGCACAGCAGCAGAGGGAGCAGCAGCAGCAACAGCAGCAGCAGCAACAACAACAACAACAGCAACAGCAGCAAAUGCUGCAGGCAGAGUGUCAAAACCUUGCAUCCCAAGUCCAGAGGCUUCAGGCAGAAUUAGAGGCAUCGAAAGAAAUGAAUGCACGCCUCAACAAGGAGCUAACAUCUCGUCAGCUGCAGCUGUACCUCGACCGCUACUCCAUGCCGCAGCAGCAGCAGCAGCAGCAGCAGAAGCACUCAGCAACAGAGGCAAGCUCUGCUGCCUUCACUACUAGUCCCUCCCCAAGCGUGCCUCCAUCUCCUCGCCAACAGCCCACGCCUUCAGUGCAGCAGCAGCUGCUGCUUCGGCAGCAGCAGCUUGCAGCAGCAGCAGCAGUUCCAGCAGCAGCAGCAGACUCUACUGCCAAACUGCUGGCUGCGCUGCGGCCGAUGCCCGCACCGUGUCGCCGCACUUAG